CUGCAGCCCCCGUGGCGGCCCGGCUGCCCGCGUCCCGCUCCCGGGCCAGCAUGAGCCGCUACGUGCUGCCGCUGUCCGUGCUGGGCACGGCGAUGGGCGGCGCCGUGCUGCUCAAGGACCACGUCGCCGGCGGGGCCUGCCCCAGCAAGGCCACCAUCCCCGGGAAGACGGCCAUCGUGACGGGGGCCAACACGGGCAUCGGGAAGCAGACGGCCCUAGAGCUGGCCAGGAGAGGGGCCAGGGUCAUCCUGGCGUGUCGUGACAUGGGCAAGUGCGAGGCGGCGGCCAAGGACAUCCGCGGGGAGACCCUCAACCACCACGUGAGCGCCCGGCACCUGGACCUGGCCUCCCUCAGGUCCGUCCGCGAGUUUGCCGCGAGGAUCAUUGCAGAGGAGGAGCGAGUGGACGUUCUCAUCAACAACGCGGCCGUGAUGCGGUGCCCGCACUGGACCACCGAGGACGGCUUCGAGAUGCAGUUCGGUGUCAACUACCUGGGUCACUUCCUGUUGACCAACUUGCUGCUGGACAAGCUGAAGGCCUCAGCGCCCUCCCGCAUCGUCAACCUCUCGUCCUUGGCCCACGUGGCCGGCCACAUAGACUUUGACGACCUGAACUGGCAGACGCGGCGCUACGACACCAAGGCCGCCUACUGUCAGAGCAAGCUGGCCGUCGUCCUCUUCACCAAGGAGCUGAGCCGGCGGCUGCAAGGCACCGGUGUGACCGCCAACGCGCUGCACCCCGGCGUGGCCCGGACGGAGCUGGGCAGACACACCGGCAUGCACAACUCCACCUUCUCCAGCCUCACCCUCGGACCGAUCUUCUGGCUGCUGGUCAAGAGCCCGCAGCUGGCGGCCCAGCCCAGCGUCUACCUGGCCGUGGCAGAGGAGCUGGAGGGGGUUUCUGGAAAGUACUUCGAUGGGCUCAGGGAGAAGGCGGUAGCCCCUGAAGCCGAGGACGAGGAGGUAGCCCGGAGGCUUUGGGCUGACAGUGCCCGUCUGGUGGGCUUGGAGGUGCCCCGUGCAGCCUCCGUCCCCAAGUAGCCUCCGGAGCAGAGAGCCACCUGGGUCUCCAGGCCGGGCCAAGACGGACUGCUGCUGGCGUGCCCUUGUCGUCCACCAGGGGGCGGUGUGACACCAUGAGAGCCUCGAGACCCAGGCCUGCUGGCUGCCACGCCCACGGCACCCUCUAGGGGGCAGUGCCGACACCACCUGUGCCUCGAGAUGAACUGCUGGCUCCUGUGCCCGCAGCGCCCUCUAGCGGGACAGGGCUGGCACCACAUGGACCCAAGGAUGACUGGCUGCCAUGCCCACAGCGCUCCCCAGGGGGCAGGGCUGGUCCCGUGUGUCUGUCGGCCUCAGCGCCCUGGGUGGGUUGCCUGGCGCCGGGUCUCUACCGCCCCCAGGUGACUCCUUUGGGAAUCUGCGCUGGGAGUGGCUGGGAGCGGUCGGUUCCCCCUGGCUGGGGUGGGGUGGGGGUGCCGGAAGCCCUCGCUGGCGGCAGCGGCCUGUGUGGAGUUAACAGUGAGCCGUCUGACCCCGUGGAGUGCCUGGUGCCUCCCGGCACCUCGUGUGUGUCCGUCCCUGAGUUUUCCCAGCCGGGGGAUAGGCAGUCACUCCCACCUCGCAGGAGGCUGUGGGUCCCAGGCCGGACCCUGUGCACGGGGCACAGGCAGACACACCCCUGGCCUUGUCGCUGGGUCGCCUCGGGACACCGGCUGCUGACCGCCUGGCCGGGGACCUCGCCUCCACUUCCUGCGGUGGCCCAAGCCGCAGACGCUCACAGCGCCCUGAGCAGUGGUGGGCUUGGAUGUGCCCCACGUCUGGCCGAGGCAAGCCGCAGGUCUUUUUUCGCGUGAGGAAGUGGCUGUGGGAUGGACCAACCCCACGUCUGUUCCUUCUAGGAAAUUAAAAAAUUGUUAAACCCCCACCUUGAAAGGAAAGGGUUAUUUAUUUGAAAGGUAGAGAGAGAGAGAGCGAGCGAGCGUGCUUCCACCCGCUGUUCACUCCCCAAAUGGCCACAACAGCCAGGGCUGGGCCAGGCUGAAGCCAGGA